AUGGAAGGUGUUACAAAAUUGCGAGUAUAUUAUAACGGUGAGGUUAUAACAAACACACAUGAAGGAGUGACUUUUGUUUGUGAAUGUUCGUUGUCAUUUGCCAUUCCAUGUACCAUAGAUUUUGUCGAGUUGCAAAAUGGUCUUUGUAAUAACAUUCAAAGCCACAUUUUGAAAAGGGUGAGCAAUAUUUUAUACAGAAGUCCUGUGCAAGUAUUUGGAUGGUUAAUACAAUUUCAAAUAAUGCUCAUCACUGACGAUGCUAGUAUGCAGCAGAUGUUGUAUAUUUAUCAACAAACCCGAUCUCACGUGCCGAUGAUAGAGCUGUACGUUGAGUUUGAACAGCAGUCGGGGAUGAGUAUGGUCGGCGACGAGAUCAAUGUUGAUGAGCUCGGGGAUAUAGAUUGGGAAGAAAAUAAUAAUGACAGUGAAGACGAAUUCAAAGCUAACUAUGAAAUCGAUGACGAAAACGAUGAUGGAGACUUGGCAGGCAAUCCGGCGGUGCAAGAUGAAGCCAAUGUGAUUUGCUUAUUUUAUUUGCCUUGUCUGACUGAUGGCGGUGCGCAUGUCGUAGGUGAAGGCAACGUUGCGGCAGAAGAUGGCGAGUUUAGUGUCGGAAUAGAAUUUGGUUCGAGAGAGUCGGUGAUAUCUACAAUCAAAAGCUACACAAUCUCUAGAGGAGUUGAUUACACUGUGUAUGAGUUUGAGCCGCAGACAUUCUAUGCGAAAUUCAAGGGGUAUGGUGCAGGGUGCGACUGCCUUAUCCGAGCUAGCUUGAUUCGAAAAAAAGCUUGUUGGGAGAUCAGGAGAUACAAUGGCAAGCACACGUGCACCAUGGGCACGAUUUCACAAGAUCAUGUCAAGUUGGACUCAGACAUAAUUGCAGAUGCCAUUAGGCCAUUGGUCGAAGCAGACCCCUCGAUAAAGGUGAAGUCUGUUAUUGCAGAAGUUCAAGGCAGGUUCAACUAUACUGUGAGUUACCGCAAAGCUUGGUUGGCAAAGCAGAAAGCUGUCGCAAAAAUCUUUGGUGAUUAG